AAAUUAGUUACCCUCGUGACCCUGACCCUGUUAUAAUGCAAGCUUUUUUAAGCUACCCCCAUGCUCCAUCACCUUCCUUCAUUGCCUCCAAACUUUUCCCGCCAGAAAUCCAUCUUCAACCUCACAGCCCUCGCCAAGCCAUCAUGUAUCUCUCUCCUCAAGUUGUGCAGCUCCAUGAGGAAAUUCAAACAAAUCCAUUGCCAAAUCCUGAUCUCAAACCAACAUCAAACCGGCGAAAUCCUAGACCACCUCAUCCUCCACUGCACUCACCCACAAACAGGAGACCUCAAAUACGCAUUGAAAUUAUUUGAAACAAUCAAAACCCCGUCUUUAUUUGCCUAUAACUUGAUGAUCAAGGCAUUCCACAAAAAGGGUAGCUUCAAUAGUGUCCUAAUGCUUUACAACAGAAUGAGAGAGGAGAGCUUGAAACCCGAUAAUUUCACAUACCCUCUUGUUUUAAAGUCGAUGGGUCGCCUUGGGUUGACGGAGGAAGCAAGAAAGGUCCAUGCCUUUGUUUUGAAAUCAGGGUUUGAGUUUGAUUCUUAUGUUAGGAGCUCCCUUAUUGGAGUGUUUGCUGAUUUGGGUUGCGUUGAAGUUGCUCGACUGUUGUUCGAUGAAAUGCCUAAGAGGAGCUUAGUUUGCUGGAAUGCCCUGAUUUCUGGACUCGUGAGGGGUAGAGAAUUUGAGGGUGCAAUUUCGGUGUUUGAGAAGAUGGCGGAAGAGGGUUUGGAGCCCGAUGAGGCUACUCUUGUGAGCACGCUCUCGGCUUGUGUACAAUUGCGUAAUUUGGAACUGUGGAAAAAAUUUCGUCGGUAUAUUAAUGAAAGUUUUAAAUUUAGCCUUCCUAUAGGAAAUGUGCUAUUGGAUUUGUACGCAAAAUGUGGGUGUUUAGAUUUGGCUAGAACUUCUUUUGAUGGCAUGCCGAUGAGAAAUGUGAUCUCUUGGACCAACAUGAUCUCAGGAUAUUUGAAUUUGGGUAGGUUACAUGAAGCAAGAGAACUGUUUGAUUCUAGUCCGACUAAGGAUAUAAUUCUUUGGACGACUAUGCUUAAUGGCUAUGUGCAAUAUAAUCAAUACGAAGAAGCCCUUUCCCUCUUCCAAAAGAUGUCGAUGAAAAGAAUCAAACUUGAUAAGUUCACAGUUGUGACCCUUCUCACUGCUUGUGCAAAUUUGGGUGCCCUCGAGCAAGGGGAAUGGAUCCAUGAAUAUAUCAAGAACAACAUGAUACAAACAGAUGCUGUAAUUAGCACUGCCCUAAUUGAAAUGUAUUCAAAGUGCGGGUGUAUAGAAAAAGCAAUGGAGGUAUUCAGGAAUGUACAAGGUAGAAAAGACGCCAAAAGUUGGACAUCAAUUGUGUGUGCACUAGCAAGGAAUGGUCAAGCAGCAAGAGCCCUUGAAAUGUUCUCGGAUAUGCAAAUGUAUGGGGCUAAACCUGAUGAUAUCACCUUUAUCGGUGUUUUAGCUGCUUGCAGUCAUGGAGGAUUACUCAACGAAGGGCGUCGAUAUUUUUAUGAAAUGAAGGAAAUACAUCGAAUAGAGCCCAGAAUUGAUCAUUAUGGUUGUUUCAUUGAUCUCCUAGGGAGAUUUGGUCUUUUAGAAGAAGCGAAGGAGCUGAUAGAGAGAACGUCAAAUGUAAAAGAUUGUGAUGUUUUAUCGUUAUGGGGUUCUUUGCUUGGGGCUUGUAGGAUCCAUGGAAAUGCUGAGAUGGGCAAGCGAAUAGUAAAAAAGGUUGUUGAUUAUGAAUCAAGGGAUUCUGGGCUUCAUGUAUCGAUUGCUAACUUAUAUGCAGCAGCAGGAAGAUGGGAGGACGUGUAUAGGGUAAGAGGAAAGAUGAAAGAUACAGGAGUUAAAAAGACACCUGGUUGUAGUUCUAUCGCUUCAUAUUCUGAUAUUCCUGUGUUGAAUAGUAUGAACAGAGUAAUGGAGAUGAAGGAAAUGGAAGAAGUAGAUAAAGGAUUGAUGGGAGCUGUUUCAUGAGAUUGCAACCUUGUAUUGUAGGGUUAAUAGAUGGACCCCUGUACUAUCGCUCAAUUGCGGAUAGACCCUGUGCAGUUCCAUUGUCGCGGAUAGACCCAAGUGAUUUUUUUUUUUUUUUUUUGCCCCACUCUAAAAAAAUUCUUCCUCUGAGGGUAAAAUAGUCACACAAAAAAAGGUUCACUCAGGAGUCUACCUGCAACAAGAGUAAUUAUAGGGACUUGUCCACAAUUGGGUGAUAUGAGAGAGGAUCUGUCCGCAAUUAACCCUUCAUUUUAAGAAGAGAUGCCUUCACUCAAUCACAUUGAGAUUUCAUGUACGCUUUUUCCACAACUGAGGUACUGUAUACCACAAAUGGUGAAGUAUUGUCAUACUUAUUUUGUAAU